GUUCAUGGCUUAAUGAAUGUAACUGAAUUUGAGCGUGCAUAUAUUGGCAAAAUUGCAUGGGAUGUACAUCAUGACACUACCCCAUAUAGUGUUGCACCUGCUGUCUGAGAUAAGCCACCAUAGGGAAGUCAUGGUGAAAAAGAUGAAGGUGUUCCACUUACAAGUAGUGGAAGAAGUAAGAAACGAAAACAGGCAUCUGUGGAAAGUAAGGGUAAAGGAGGGAGGCGACGAAUGGGAGAUAAGCCGACAGACCAGCCUUCAUCAUCGACUGCAGGAGUUGCUGCUCAUGUUCGUGUUAAACCAUCGACUCCAUCCCAACCUCCAACGACUCCAUCCCAUGAUGAGGUACCUUUGAGAGAGAGAUUAACUAUCCUUGAAGAUGAAGUGGCUAAUGUACAGCAAGACGUUAAGGAUUUAAGAAUCGCCAUGCUUAGAGAGUUUGCAAGUUUGGAGACCAAGCUUGAUAAGUUAAUGAAGCACCAAGGAGUGGAAGUUGGUUCUGACGGGUUGGGAGAUGGGAUGGAAGCGGACGUUGAAGGGGAUGAAAAUAAGGAAGAGUUUGGUCCUGAUGCGACCCCCGUUGAUAGACAAUCAUGUCCAUUCAUUGUAGACGAUGCAGGACCAAGUGUUACGAUUAUCGAGAAAGUGUCUCCAUCAAAGUUUCCAGCCGGGAGACAUGCAAGAAAGGCAGCAGCUGCUAAGCAAAGUAUAGAUAUUGGGAGGUGGGAUAGGAAGGCGGCAGCAGCUAUUGCAACUCCUUACAGUGUUGGAGUUGUUGAUUCCACUAAACAAGCACAACAUACAUUGGCUGGUAGCGCACAUGGACUUGAAAGAGUAUCAUAUGACUGUGUGUGA